AUGUCGUCGACGCGUUAUUCGCAGCAGCCGCUGCAGAUUUACCAAGAUCCAGUUACAUCUUUCGAUCAUGCACCGAUGCCAUCGACACAGAACUCGAAUCCCAUGAAAUCAUCACCGCUUCGACCAAUAAAAAAUGCUACGUCGAGGAGGAAUAUCGUUUUCAACCCACCGCAGGCAGGAACCAGCAAGCAAUCACCAUCGAAGUCAUCACAGCAAUCGUCUAGCUCGCCUCUGAGAGCACCUUUUAACACCAAGCUGAACAUGAUACCGAUGCCACCACCUGGAGGACCAUCCUAUAAUACAGAUUCGAUGGAAAAGAAGCAACCCUCGAUGUCAAAGUUCAAGCCGCAGAAGGCCUUAUUCACAACCUUCACUAGCAGUGCAAACGAUAAGGAGAACUAUUCUCAAUCAUAUUAUAAUCAGACACCGAUUGCACCAUACAACGACGGACUCUCUCGAGCGAAUUUUUCUCUCGAAGGUUUAUACCCACAGAAGCCCCCUGCGAAGCGAUUGAUGGAAGCUGCGCCCAUCAACGAGUCUAGACCUUUUAAGAGACCCAAGAUUGAGGAUGGGCAAGAAGGAGACCAAGUACAGAAUCGUGAAGAAGUCCCACCACCCGAAUCAUUUCCACCGCUACAUGACGAUGGAACCAAGCCGCCUCAUAGCUACGCGCAACUGAUUGGUAUGUCGAUAUUGAGAGCACCAACUCGACGACUGACGCUGGCCCAAAUCUACAAAUGGAUCUCAGAUACAUACAAGUUCUACAGUGCGUCAGACGCAGGAUGGCAAAAUAGUAUUCGUCAUAAUCUCAGUCUCAACAAGGCUUUCAUCAAGCAAGAGAGACCAAAGGAUGACCCAGGGAAGGGAAACUAUUGGGCUAUCCAACCAGGAAUGGAGCAUCAAUUCAUCAAGGAUAAGACGGUACGAAAGCCCACGACUGGCCCGAACGAGAACGUUCCCAUGCUUUCAACGAAUCUUGCACCAAUAAGCCAGGAGCCACCCCAGUUCAAGCCUUUGGUGCCGGCACCACCUCCAGCUCAGGAGCUUCCUCUCCCCCCGCCGCAACAGACAUACAGCUUGCCAAAGCCCCAAUUACCUUCUAUCGCAGAACUGUCUUCCGAUGCCACCAUUCCAGCCUCAGAUAUUAUCAAUGAACCGGAUCCAGACGAGGAGGCACCAACAGUACUGGCACCUUCUUCGCCCCUCAUCCAGUCGUCACCACCAACUGCUAUGAUGAAUUCGUCGCCCCCUAUUCCUCGCUACAUACCCCGACGGCAGAAUACUCCUCCCCCUGUCCCACGCUUCCCCUCAUCUUCAAGAAGUAGAUCACACAAGCGAAAGUUUGCCUCUAUGGAUGACACUGAUCGACCCAGAAUCAAGCGUGGCCGGGCUGAGGAAGAGAUUGCACGUCUGCGUGGAUCUUCGUACGACAGUCCCACCAAGGCCCCUCGUUCUUCUUUCAUUCCUCCUUCAUCGUCACCAUUACGUAUUAGUCGGGGCAACAAGAAUGAAAACUCCCAGAUGCUUCCACCCUUCACUCCUGCCAUAAAGCUAAAGCCUCCUACUCGCCCGCCACCAUCCGUCUCGCCUAAUACCAACUUGCGUUUACACCGGGACAAAGUACGAGAAAUGGUCGGCUCGCCUCUGCGAGAUGUGACGUGCCUAGAUGAGGGCAGCAUCCCCUUCAGCCCAGCCUUCAACCUCGAUGACGCCAGCUACAUGUUCCACGACUUCAAUACCGACUUCGAUAUCUUCAACGACGCAGGUUUCCUUUCUGUUCCAGGCAAUGGAUCCCCCGAGAAGAAGUCCGCCAAGAGGCCGCGUCUUGACCGUUCUCGAUCAGCAAACAUCCUUGCCGACAUUUCCAACACAAACUUCAACAAGAAUGUCACCUCGACCCCACUACUGAAGUUCACACCAAGUACCAACUUGAGCAAUUCGGCGUUCAAUUCCCCUUUGAAAGGACUCGGAUUACUGGAUUCUCCAGGCGGUUUCUUAGGCAUCGAUUCUCCCACCAAGAUCCAGAUCGCAAGUCCUACCUUCAGUCUUGCUGCCUUCGACCUACCGCAGGAGGAUGCUUUCUACGGAGCAGAAUUUUUAACAGACGACAUUGGUGAUUCCUCCGGAUGGGACAUCAUGCAAGGAUUUCAGAAGAUCGGUUCUGGAGCCACUGGAGGAAACGGAGCUCAAAGCACGAGGAGCACACCAAAGACAGGCAGUUCGAGACCGCCGUUCGGGCGAAGCCUCACGUCGCGGUUUUGA